UCCCGAUGCAGGUGAACAAAAGGAGACGCGUGCGCUCGACCAACGUUCUGCUGCUACCCACAAAUCAAAGGCACCCGCGGGUCUGGUUAGGAGCCAAGAGGUUCCCCAGCCGCAAACAACCGGGAAUGGCAGCCACCGGGGCAGUCCUGACCUUGCCAAACACAGGAGUGCGCCGCCUGCCCCAAAGGAAGCUGAGCCUCGCAUGGAGGAGCCGGGAGACGACGGGGCUUGGCCAUCCUCUCUCAGGCGCUACCUGCAGCGAGCAUUCGAUAAGUGCGACAAAAAGCAAGGUUCGAGGCAACAUGAGCUGCUCGAGAAGGCUUUGCACCGCAAGGUGACGGACGCCAUGGCAGAAAACACCAUGCUCACAAAAGAUUGGGACAACGAGCCGCUGCCUAGCUUGGUGGCCUCCAAGAGAGAGCGGUCUCCUCCGCGGGGAGCGGGGCGAAAUCGCCAAGGGGAGAAGAACAAGAAGCGAAAUCACGGUCAGAUCGAGGUGCGCGCAGCAGGUACCCCACGAAAGGGCAAAGGUUCCCUCUCCAAAAUGCCUCAGGUGGACCAGCGACGGUUGUCUAACCGCCUCGAGAGGUUCGAUCUGGGGAUGCGCCCACCGCCGUCUUCGUCGUCGCGCCCGGGGAAUGAUCUGGCGUUUCAGAGCAAGCCGAUGGUAGACGACAACGGUAUGGUGGAUUGGGCCGCGAUCACAAUCAAGGGGACAUCGACCAAACUCGAGAAGGACUACUUGAGGUUGACUCAGCCGCCAGACCCAGCGAGCGUGCGUCCACAAUCUAUCCUGGAGAAGAGCUUGGAGAACAUAUCUGCCAAGUGGGCGAAAGGAGGACUGGACUACAUCUAUGCCUGCUCCCAACUCAAGGCUAUCCGUCAGGAUUGUGUUGUCCAGCGGAUAAAGAACGCCUUCACGGUACAGGUUUACGAAGGGCACGCUCGGAUUGCUCUGCAGCAGGGGGAUCUAAACGAGUACAACCAGUGCCAAACUCAGCUCCAGGCAAGGUUCGAGCUGUACGCCUGCGGGCUUGAGGGAUCUCAGGAAGAGUUUACAGCAUACCGCGUGCUGUACUAUCUCUACCUUCAAACAAGCUGCUCUGGGGGAUCUACGGGGCUUCAGAAAAUUCUUCAGGAGCUGCCGGCUGGCGAGCAAGCCCCGGCAAUCAACCACGCUUUGCGUGUUCGCAAGGCAGUGGCAAUGACGGACUACCACCUUUUCUUCUCCUUGUACAAGACCACUCCCAACCUUGGUCAGCACAUCAUGCAGAAACUCCUCAAAACAAUGCGCGUGGAGGCGUUGCGUCGAAUUAUCAAGGCGUACCGACCUACGAUAUCACUAUCGUUCGUCCUUGGCGAGCUGAUCUUCGAUACAGACGAAGAUGGAGUGGCGUUCCUGCAAGCGUGUGGCGUGAUUUUCACACCAAACGGAGCCGAAGUCGCGUGCAAAGAGAGCAGUGUAGACGCGAGUGGACUGGAUGCGGACGCCCCAAAUUCCCUCUUGUGACCAUAAGAUGUUUGUACCAAGCUAAUAGGUUAGAGGUAGAGAAAAGGUGCCCGCAAUUUAUUGAUUGGUCAAUUGUUGUAGUUACAUAGUGGCGUUAAUUUUCAAGAAGCUUCGAUGUUUUGUUUUCUCUCGACAGCGUGGCGACCAUGUGCGUCCCCGAGCCCUUGGGGAUCUUGAAAACGAUUUUGGCGAAGGCACCCAAAGUGUGAUCCUCAGAUGACUCUGGUUUGUUCCGGCGUACGUUCAAGCCACCGACCGAUGCCUGCCCAGACGUUGCUCCACACACGUUCCCGGGUAACAGAGGUGGUUGCUCCACGUGAGCUGGGGAUACCUGUGCGGUUUUACCAGUGUUUGUGCAAGCUGAGUAACGCGCGCCGCUGGUAGGGGCGAUACUCGUUGGUUUCUUGGUUUGGCUCUUGACUUUCUCGAUCUUGAGGUUUAUCUCAUGGAAUUUCCAUGGUACGCAUUUUUACAAUGUGACAUGUGCGUUUCUCUCACUGGUCUCGACAGAUUUCACCUGUAGGGGAUACACAUUGAACUUGCCAAAACUAUCGAAGGCACACCCCCCCCGUCAAAACGCGACAGGAAGCAAGACGAUAGUCUAUAGUGCAAACUUGUCGUCCACGUAGCAAGGUAACGUCGACAUAGCAGUGGGACCCAUGAAUGAUGCACGAAGUGACAACCUUAGAACUUCGAG